UGGAUCGCGUCGAGAGCAGACGUAUAGUGUGAACAUGCACCGGUGAUCAGUCGAUAUAUUGUAGAAAAUAGAGAGGAAAAAGACGCGCAGUGAAAAUAAUCGAGACAGAACGCGGAAGAGACAAAAUCAAAAUGAGGUCGGUGCUGGUGAUUUUGCUUGUGUCCGUGGCCACGUGUCUCAGUUCGGAAUCGCCCGAAGAUGCGCUUUUGGACAAUAUUGUGGUGGACUGCACGGAAAAGGCCGACCUGAGUUGCAUCAGUAAAAACACAUACAGGUACUUGGAAGGCACGUUCAACAACAGCACCUCCGACUGGCAGGUGACCGACGACAUGGGCUUCACUCGCAACGGCCGGUCCGAAUCGACCUUCCGUCAGGGUCGCACCCUGGGCGAGGACGGGACGGACGCUCUGUUCGCCAAGGCGCAGCAGUUUGUGGCCACCCACGACUUCACGUGGGCCCUUCCCGAGACCCUUUUCGGCGGAGCCGUGCUCAGGGUGAAGGCCCCUGAUCAGGGCGCCACCUCACGCACCCUUUUCUCCGUUGAACUCGAAGCGCCCGAGGGCGGCGUCGACGCCGAUUCGGAGCCGCAAGAGCCGCAGGAGAGGAGUUUGGAGACGGGACGCUUUUUCCUCAAGAAGAUUUUCAGCCAGAAAAUCAAGAAGAAGCUGUUGUUUGGCUUCUUCGCUCUGCUGCUCAUCAUCAAGCUGAUCAAGAUCAAACUGUUCUUCCUGCUGCCGCUGAUUUUGGGAGUGGGCACGGUCAAGAAACUGGCCAUCAAGUUCCUGUUCUUCGUUUUCCCGGCGCUCGCCUCCCUCUUCAAGACGUGCCACCAACACCACCACCACGGCCACGUCAAGCAGUACCACAUCCACCACCUCAAGCCGCACCACCACCACGACGACUACCACCACGGCCCACCCGACUACUGGAAGAGACAGGACGCCGCCGUCCCCGAGACGUCCACCGACUACUACGUCGAACCUGAUAACUCAAGAUUUUCGGCCACGUACGCGAGUCCGAUCGAUCCGAUCAGCCAGCAGCGCUUGGACGAAGAAAAGCGGCGCAAGGUGCAGCAGGCGUACGAUUUCGAGAUGAAGCAACAGUUGGCGCAAAUCAACAAGAACAACGUGCACAGUGCCGUGGGCAUCGUGCCCGUCAAGCGGGGCAACUUCAACCACCACGCGGCCCCGUUGGUGGCCUCGGCGGAAAACUACGACCCCUUCUAUUCGCCCAUCCUCGCCAGACUGGACAACAUCUUCAGCCAAAUGGGCUUCGGCAACGCCAUCGCCGGCGCCGACCAGUGCAGAUAUCAGCUCGUCUGCCAAAUGUACCAGACGCCGGAAAAGUACGCGCCGAACAGCAACCUCGUCUCGGCGGAACUUAGCAGAGAACCCGAGGAGUUGCAGAAACCGCAGUCGGCCAACGAGCCGGUGCGGCGCUUCUUCCUCUUCGUGCAAUCGGCCAAGGAUGGGCAGGACCAGAAGAAUUGCCGCCAGCUAUACCAGGGGUGUCCGGUCAGUGUGGAACCGUAAUCUGGGCACCCGUAACUGCGCGAGAGCUAAUCUCGCCACACUGCAUAUUUUUAACGAUGGACUCGAACCGCGAGCGAAAAGCAACGGACUCUUCGAUAAGUGUGCGCGCGUGAUUUCGUCGCGAUCAUACACACGGCUGCAGAGCUUUUUUCAUUAAUUUAUUUUCAAAAAAAUUGUGCGUGGCCUACUUUUUUAUGUGUAAUUUGUAUAAGUAUCUAGAAUGGUGGAAAAGGUACGAGAAAAUUUAGUUUGAAAUGCAGUUUGUCUUUAGCGCUCGAAAUUCUAUAUUUAGGAGUUUUCAUUUUAUUUUUAAUCUCGGCAAUGAUUUUAAAUUAAUAAACUGAUUCAUCCUUAUCAAAAAUAAAAAUUGCCAAAUAUGUUACAAUAAAAUAAAAAUUUCUGGGAAAAAAAUUAAAAAACUAAACAAGUCUUCAAGUAAUUCAGAAAUUAAAAAAAAUCCGAAUUUUAUAUUUUUUUGCAAUAAAUUUAUAAAAAAAAGUAUAAUUCAAUUACGCACAUUUCUGAAUCAGAUCAAUAAACAAAUUUUAUAUUAAUUUAUAAAAAAAAAUCUGAGAUUUUUUCCACCAUUCUAGUAAAUAUCAGGGUCCUCUUAUGUAUAAUUUUCUCACCUUUCUCCGAAUGCAUUUAUUUAUCUAAUCUAAUCUUCGGCUUGAUUUCUUUAUAAUUAACUCCGAUUAUAUCUUUGCUCAAAAAGGAGUUUUUUUCUGAUUGUAAAUAUUGAGUGCGGUGGCUCGACCGUAUAAAUAAUAUUUCACUUACCAACUGAACAUUUAUUUAUGCUGCAAGUCAAAUGGAGCAGCAAUGAGGAUGAGGCGUUUCGUUAUUUGCUCGGGUGACUCUGCAUAAAUUUUUUCAUUCUUCUCAGUCCGAGGUGAAAAGUGCUGGCGCAUCAGGAACACUGUCGAUUUCCACUUGCGCUAAUUUUUCUGUGGGAAAAUGGUUGACCGAAUAUUUGUCCAAAUUGUUAUAAAAAAAUUUUAAAUUGAUUUGUUGAAAAAUAUGUAAAAAAUUUUGCAAUUGAAGCAAGGAGUGUCAAAAAUUUUGUAAAACACCAAAUCAGUUGAAUUUUUAAAUAUUUUCGAGAAAUUUUGUGCGGUAAGACCGCCAAGAAUUGCAAUUGCAGCCUUUUGGACGGACAAAGGCGUGCAAGUGUGCAAAUCGAAUAUCCAGGCCGUUGCCUCUGCGACGUGCAUGUCCAAUAAAAUAAUGUGCAGUUUUGUCGCACCACUUCCGAGAGUGACCGUGCAUGUGCAUUAUAUUUUCAUGCAUCACCCAACAACCGAGCCACUGAUUUGUAUUUUCAGCACGAGUGAAUGAUAAUUUAUUUAUUAAAAAAAAAAUUACAAAAAAUACAAAAAUGUAUCAAAUACUCUCUGCCAGACAGUUGAGGAUUGCCAUUAAUUUUGCUUUGUAUAUCAAUUAUAUGCUUGAGAUGCAAUAAAAAUGGAGGAAAUAUUUAA